AUGGGGCCCUGGAGCCGGGUCAGGGCGGCCAAAUGCCAGAUGCUGGUCACCAGCUUCUUUGUCUUGCUCCUGGGCCUGUCUAUGGCCACAUUGGCGGCUCUCACUUACUUUGGGGCCCACUUUGCUGUACUCGGCCAUGCAUCCUCAGACAGGACCCCCUAUGAGGCCAUGCACCGCUGGGCCUUCUACGUCGGCAUCAGCCUGGCUGGGCUCCUGACCCUGGGCGCCGUCCUGGGCGCUGCAGCCACGGUGAGGGAGGCCGGGGGCCUCAUGGCUGGGGGCUUCCUGUGCUUUGCCCUGGUGUUUGGCGCCCUGGUGCAGGUGGCCUUCUGGAGAUUCCACAACCCCACCCAGGUGGAGGAUGCUUUGCUGGACGCCUACGACCUGGUGUAUGACCGGGCGGUGAAGAACUUGUCCGGAACCCCGCGGCAGCAGCUGGUGGCCAUUCAGGACACGUUCCUGUGCUGUGGCAAGAGCUCUCCUUUCAGCCUCCUGGGGGACGUGGAGGCCGGUCUGUGUCAGGGAGAGCAGGCAGCCAGACAGGACUGCCUGGUGGGGAUCAGGAGCUUCCUGAGGACGCACAGAGACAUCGCCUCCACCCUGACCGGCAUCGGCCUCGCCGCCAUGGUGUACGCGAUGCUGCUCAGCUCCUUUCUCUGGUUCGCCAUUCGCUCUGGUGGCAGCUUGGACCGCAAGGGCAAAUACACCCUGAGCCGGAGGGGAGCCCCAAGCUUCAGCCUGCGACUGAAGCAGAUGUUCUCCACGGCCACCUGGGUGCAAGUGGACCCUCGGGGGGCCCUCGGCUGCUCCAGGACGACUGACACGUUUGAACCGCCUGUCCCACCACCUGUGUGCCCACAGAGGCUCAGCCGGCUCAACCGCGAGCCUUACAAGGACGAUCCUGACCCGCCGCCACGGGACCUGGAGAGGGCCACGUGCACGUCCACGGCCAAGCCUGACCCGCCGCCACGGGACCUGGAGAGGGCCACGCGCACAGGUGGGCCGGGUUUUGGGAGCUAG